GCACUGGUGGGCAGCACUGGUGGGUGGGCACAGGUGGGUGGCACUGGUGGACACAGGUGGGUGGGCACAGGUGGGUGGCACUGCUGGGCACAGGUAGGUGGCACUUCUGUGCACAGGUGUGUGACACUGCAGAGUGGCACAGGUGGGUGCAUUGCUGGGCACAGGUGGGUGAUUUGCUGGGCACAGGUGGGCGGAGCUAGUGGGCGCACCGCUGGGCACAGGUGGGCGGAACUUGUGGGUGGCACUGCUGGGCACAGAUCAUCAGGGCACUGAUCAUCAGUGCCCUGAUGAUCGCGUGUCAUUGGACACCGCUGAUCAGGUGGUAAAAGGCUGCUGUGAUUGGC